ACAAAAUCUCUGAAGAUGGCUGCACUGCAGGAAGGCAAAGCUGGUCAUGCAGCCCCAGCCAUUGCUGCAGAUCCUUCCUCUCUUUGUCCCUUUGGACAUCAAAGGCUCGCAAGGGGACAACCCUGGCGGGAGGCUCCUCCCUGCUCAUUAGGCUCCAUAAAACAGGAACUCACCUUGGCUAGCUGUGCUUGGAGUGCCAUCCUCAUCCCGCUCACUCUUGACACUGGAUCUCGGAAGGAAGGGCUUGUGCUUGCUUCAGGAAAUCAGACCUGCUUUUGAACUGGACUAUUUUGGCUCCCCUUGUAAGAACUCUGGUGGCUCUCUUGGCCCUGCAAGCUCCUCGACGUCACGGUACAUGGAAAAAUGCAAGCUUUACCAGACGUGAAAGCGCCGUGUGAGGCCCUUCCUUCCCCCAGCCUGGAGCCCUUCCCACAGAGCUCCAUCGUGGUCACCCUCGAGGACAUGGGGCUCUGGAUGAAGUUUCACCAGAUAGGAACCGAGAUGAUCAUCACCAAAUCUGGCAGACGAAUGUUUCCUCAAUGCAAAAUCAAAGUCUCUGGCUUAAUCCCGUAUGCCAAGUACCUCAUGCUGGUAGAUUUUGUGCCAAUGGAUAACUUCAGGUACAAGUGGAAUAAAGAUCAGUGGGAAGUUGCUGGAAAAGCAGAGCCCCAGCUCCCUUGUCGCACCUAUGUCCACCCAGAUUCCCCAGCUCCUGGCAGCCACUGGAUGAAAGAACCUGUCUCCUUCCAAAAACUGAAGCUCACUAACAACACUCUGGAUCAACAUGGGCAUAUCAUCCUGCACUCCAUGCACCGUUACAAGCCGCGCUUCCACAUCGUGCAGGCCGAUGACCUCUUCAGUGUCCGCUGGAGCAUCUUCCAGGUGUUCAGCUUCCCUGAGACUGUCUUCACCUCUGUCACUGCCUACCAGAACGAGCAGAUUACAAAGCUCAAGAUUGACAACAAUCCAUUUGCUAAAGGUUUCCGUGAACAUGGGAAGAACACUCGAAGGGAAGGACGAGCCAAAUGCCAGAAGCCCAGUCCAGCCAAGAGCCAGAAGAGGAAGCUGCCUGAGGAAAAGGAGCCUGCUGCUGAGGAACGUGAUUUUGAGAAGGAUGAGAAUGUAGACGUGAAGGAAGAGAGUAACCCUGUGGUGGUGAGCAGUGGAUAUCCCUUCUGGGGCUCGGAGCAGAACAGCAGCCAGGCCUUCCCUGCGGCCUCACCAGUGCCUGCUGACCAGAGGGAGGCUCUGGCCAGAGAGCAGCAGGUGCCAACGCCGUCCUACCACACCUACCGGUUCCACGAAGCUGGGGACAGCCAGCAGCUUCCUAGCCGCGAUGCCGCGACCUUGAACGAUUUCCGGGCAAGGUGCCAUGCCUUGGAUCUCGCCAUGGUGCCCGAGCACGACUCCAAACAGCUCCCAGAGGGCUUCACCAACCUGCCCCCACUGCCCCCUCCUCUGCCUCCUCCCCAGGACUACACAGGAGUGGUGAACAUGGCUCUGGACUCUGUGGGGAAAGCCGGGGCCCGGGCGCCCAUGUACAGUCCCUAUGGCACCGAGCAGGGCCUGGGGCAGUGGGUGGUGCCUUCCCACAGCCAGUACAGGGCAAUGAGCUACUCAGCCUUCUCCACGGAGUACAACACACAAGGAACUCCAGGACAUGCCCAUGGCACCAUGGCAGAGUGGAGCCAGUAUCCUCUGUUCCCCUACGCUUGCUGGUGAAUGGGGAGGACCCUUCCGAGUGAAAAAAACUGAAAGAAAAUUGUAAAUGAGAUUGAAUUUACCGUUGGACUUGUGAAGCUUUGCCUACAGUAGGCAGAGGUAUUGCUGCAAGCAGUAGCAUGGGACACCUCCACUUCCUUGUCUCCUUGCACAACAACCUCACCAUAUUUCACAAGCAGUGGUUAAACUGGUGGCUGCCCCAGCCAUGCCAUUGUGGAUCAGACUCAGUGUUGUUCUGCAGUGGUUUUUUUCCCAGCAGGAGUAGGAAACCACAGGUCUGCAAGAACAGUAUUUAAGGAACUGCUGAACUCGCGGUCAGUGUUGGCACCUCACAUUUGGCAGUUUCCAACAUCCCUUCCUCCUGGGACUUGGUGAAAGGAGAUAGGGGCUGAGGACUUCCAGUAAGCCAUCCAUGUGGCAAAAAAAGCUGUAGAAAAUAUUGCAGAGACAAGCAAAGCGAGCAAUCCUGGUGAACUUUGAGCAGCUUCUUCAGUUAAUAUAGUCAAAGUAAAGCUAGAGUUGUGCCUUUCUUCCAGCAGCAGAUGACAGUAAAAUGCACAGCAAGGUGUGUCUGGAGCACAGCAGGGGAGAGUUUGCAGAGUCUGCAGGCAGGGGAGAGUUUGUUCUAUGCAAGAGAAGUAGCAGCAAGGCUGUGUGUGGUGUCUUCCUGUCCCCAUGCCCAUCCCUCCUCUGCCAGCCCUAGAUUCGAGGUCAGUGAAACACUUUUCUUUCUGUGAAGAUGGAGGGACUUUGUUCAUGGAAUGUGGGG